UGCUGCUUUGACCGGACUCAACCAGAGAGAGGUAGGAGUUAAAGUAGAUUUGUCUUGUUGGAGAAACAGUGCUUUAAUUUGGAACAAUACUUGUUAUAAGUCCUGUGUAGCAGUGAAUGGAUCCCGCACCCUGAUCGAGACUUAGUGCCAUUGAAAGAUCAUGAGCUGGAAGAUUUGCGUUUUAUUUGCGGGCCUGCUGUGGAUUCAUCCUGUUUCCAGUGACUGCGAUGACCAAAAGAAAAAGGAAUUCAAAACAUUUAGAAAAUGCUUAGCAAAGGGGACAAGCAAGCAUUUUAUUAUUCAAAACAGCGUCAAUUUCUUCACCGAUGCACGAACCGUCUGGAAGGAAGCUACUAAUAUUGCUAAAGGUGGAAAAGUGACUCAGUCCUCCGUGAAGAAGAUUGAUUGCCCCGGAAGAGCCAUUGAUGGAAAUCGUGCCAGCAAAUAUCGAAAGGGAUCCUGUACACGCACAAGAGGAGAAACCAAACCCUGGUGGAGACUUGACCUCCUAAAGACAUAUAAAAUCAACACUGUCACCAUCACUAACAGAAAAGGCCAACUCAAAAGGAUCAAUGAUGCUGAGAUCCACGUUGGGAAUUCCCUCAAGGACAAUGGCAACGCCAAUCCCAUAUGUGCUGUUAUCUCAUCUAUCGCAGCUGAGAGCUCAAAAACAUUUGUUUGCAAUGGAAUAGAAGGCCAGUAUGUAAACAUUGUAAUUCCUGGAGAACAAAGAAUCCUGAAACUGUGUGAGGUGGAAGUCACUGGUCAACCUUCUGGAAACACUGCUCCAACUGGUAAUGAAUGUACAGGAAACAGGUGCCAGGAUAUGGAAGAUCUUCCAGCUACUAAUAUUGCUAAAGGUGGAAAAGUGACUCAGUCCUCCGUGAGGGCGGAGGGCGUCCCCGAAAGAGCCAUUGAUGGAAAUCCUGCCAGCCAAUAUGGAAAGGGAUCCUGUACACACACAACAGAAGACACCAAACCCUGGUGGAGACUGGACCUCCUAAAGAGAUAUAAAAUCAACACUGUCACCAUCACCAACAGAAGAGACUGUUGCCACAAAAGGAUCAAUGGUGCUGAGAUCCGCGUUGGGAAUUCCCUCAAUGACAAGGGCAACGCCAAUCCCAUAUGUGCUAAUAUCUCAUCUAUCGCAGCUGGGAGCUCAACAACAUUUGUUUGCAAUGGAAUGGAAGGCCAGUAUGUAAACAUUGUAAUUCCUGGAAAAAAAAAAAUCCUGACACUGUGUGAGGUGGAAGUCACUGGUCAACCUUCUGGAAAAACUCCUCCAACUGGUAAUGAAUGUACAGGAAACAGGAGCCAGGAUAUGGAAGAUCUUCCAGGGAAAUGGUUUAUCCCUUGGAUUGAGACGCUUAUAACUGCUAAUGCCCUCCACAAAAAACCCCGUUGCAUUGUAUUUCUGAAAGAAAACACAUCUCAACCAGAAUGCUUUGAGAAGAAAUGGCCCCGAAUGGUUCAACAUGAUGGUUCUCAUCUACUGCUCAUCUCAAAAUGGCAUACCAAAAGGAAUUUCCAGCUGUAUGUCCUGACAGGAAGUCACUGCAACACUACAUUAACUAAUAUGACAGAUCCAAAUCGAAAUUGCACCUACAAUCACACUGACGAAGCAUCUUGCCAGGUUAGAUGUUUGAAGACAAAGAAGAUAUGUAAAGACACCAGAUAUAAUAAAGAAGUCUGCAGCAAAAUUGAUACAAAGAUCAAGAACAAGUACAUCAUCAACCUCACAAAUACAAUCGAAAACUGCUUCAAAUGUGAUAAUCCAGAGAAAAAGCCUGAGAUAGAUCUUAAAUGGAAUAAAACAGUAAAUGAAGACGGAGGAAAAGUUGGUGCUGUCCAAGCUGCUGAAAUCAUGAACAACAUGGCCAACUUCAUCACCUCCUUCGAAGGGAAUUCUGCUGCGGUGUCUGUGGCAGAAGGAAUUUCAGGAGUCUUAGUGAAGAUACCGGAUCCCGUGGACAUCGAAGGAAUCAGUUUCGCUUAUAAUUCCCCAAAUGAAAGCAUGAAUAUAGUAGAAAACAGUGAUUAUCUCGGCAAAUUUUCCAGAAGUGUGUCAGUGUCCAAGGAGGCGUUUGAAAAGGCUGUGAGUUUGAACAUAACAGUUCCAUUUGCCGCUCUUUUCCGAUUCAACAAUCUGGCUUCGGAUGAGCUGAACAGCACUGUUUUAGGCAAUGAAGUCCUAGCAGUUGAAAUGGGAACCACCAUCUCCAAUCUCACAGACAAAAUGUCCAUCCAUUUUCGGAACGUUACCUACGAAGGAUAUCCCUCUUGUCAAUCUUGGAAUGGUGAAGGAAGCCGACCAAACUGGACCGAUUACGGGUGUGAGACAAUAAAAGAUGGGAACAACAUCACGUGCCAGUGUUCGCAUUUGACAUUUUUUGCUAUUUUGUUGGCUCCUCCGAAUGUGACCAUAUCUAGUUCUGACCUGAAGAACCUCACCACGAUCACCCAGGUCGGCUGUGGCUUUUCCUUGUUCUUCCUCUCCAUAGUCCUCUUCAUGCACUCUCUUCUGAGGAGGACCAAUGCCAGCAUAUCCACGAGGAUUCUCAUCUACCUGGUUGUAGCCUUGUACCUGCUGAAUCUCUCGUUCCUCAUCAACAACUUUGUGGCCAAAGUGGGGAACGCGGUGGGAUGUAAGAUCAUGGCGGCUGUCAUGCACUACUCCAUGUUGGCCACGUUCACUUGGUUUGCUGUGCAGGCGUUCCACCUCUGCCUGCAGCUGCACGUCGGAGGCAAGGUUGUAAUCCCUCACUACAUACUCAAGGUCUCCAUCAUCAGCUGGGCACUACCAGGUGUAGUUGUGACUGUCCUGCUCAUCUUAGGAAAAUAUGGUGAACAAGUGAUCUACACUGAUAACCCUCAAGACAACGUGGCCAUGUGCUGGAUAACGGACAUUGACGUGCACUACAUCGUCAACAUAGGCUACUAUGCGUUGGUCUUCAUCUUCACCUUCACCGCCUUCAUCGUCAUGAUGGUCUGGCUCUUUGGUCUCAAGAGAAACGGACAAGUCCCCACAAAUCGCCAUAGUAUUGGGGUCAUCCUGGGACUGUGUUGCAUGCUGGGUAUCGGUUGGGGUUUUGCCUUCUUUGCAUACGGUGUGCUCCAGAUCCCCGCCUACUACAUUUUCACCAUCCUCAAUUCUUUCCAAGGUUUCUUCCUGUUCAUCUACUACUACAGGAGCAGCCACUCUGGAGAGACAGCCAGUGGCUCUCAGGGUUCAAACUCCAGCAGCAGCACGCUCAAAAGCAACCUGGACAUCUUUGAAAACCCCUACAGCAAUAGAUUAGAGACAAAAUAAUAAAACCCUGAAAGACGAA